UUUGGGUCUUCUGACUCUUACCAGGAGCUGGGUUUAGGUCUCACCUAUCACAAUGAACAACAAGUUCCUGGGCACCUGGAAACUUGUCUCCAGCGAGCACUUUGAUGAUUACAUGAAAGCUCUGGGGGUGGGAAUAGCCACCAGAAAACUGGGAAAUUUGGCCAAACCCAAUGUGAUCAUCAGCAAGAAAGGAGAUACUAUAACUAUAAGAACUGAGAGUGCCUUUAAAAAUACAGAGAUCUCCUUCAAGUUAGGCCAGGAGUUUGAAGAAGUGACAGCUGAUAAUAGGAAAACCAAGAGCAUUGUAACCAUGACAAGAGGGUCAUUGCACCAAGUGCAGAAAUGGGAUGGCAAAGAGACAACCAUCAAGAGAAUGUUGGUGGAUGGGAAAAUGGUGGUGGAAUGUAAGAUGAAGGGUGUGGUCUGCACCAGAAUUUAUGAGAAGGUCUAAGAAAAUAAUUUCUUCAUUGAAGUGGCAUUUAAUCAUUUGAUGUUGAAAAUCAACAGUUUACAUUGGCAAGAUCUGAC